AUGGAUGACAGUUCCUCCACACAGAGCAUUACCUCUUCCCAGUCAGACUCGCGAGCCUCUUCAAGGACGCUGUCGGGAUCGAGUUUUGAAAUGUCAUCCCCCUCUUCACCGAUCAUGUCCUCCAUCCCGUCUCUAACCGAAUCUGGCCGUGUGGACAGCCACGCUAGGAGAAACAUGCUCCAAGAACCUCGCUUAGAGGCACCAUACUUCCCUGGCCAGCCCUCCAGAGAAAGGAAGAUGCAGAGCCUGGCAAGGUUGGACAUUGUUCUUCAAGACCUGCAACAGGCAUUCGCAGGGCAAUCGCAACAACCUCGCGUGGAGGCACCUUACUUCCCUGGACAGCCCCCCAGAGAGAGGAUGGAGAGUCUAGCAAGAUUAGAUAUCGUUCUUGCGGACCUGGAACGGGUAUCCGCAGGGCAAUCGCACGGCCGCGAUUCACAGGGAGGCCUGUGA